AUGCCGGAUCACAACGAACCGCUAGAGGAAGGUGUUGACCAACUAACGCAAUGGCGGGAAAGAUGCGCUGGUCAUGCUGCUGAUUUCAAAGCAUUGCUAGAUGAAUGCAAUGAUCGUGUUAAUAGUAGGACUAAUACUGAAGAAACUUGCCAUCAGGAGAUGCUUGAUUACAUCCAUCACCUUGACCACUGCGCCAUGCCAAAGGCGUUCAAGGCUCUCAAGUGA